AUGUCUACCGUUCCCCAGGGCCCUGUCGAGGCACGAUCACUGUCGUCGGUCACCAAUAUCGCAUCAAAUCCCCCCGCCUAUCCACGAAAUCCCACCCACGAGAAGCACGAACCACUCUCUCUAUACAUUGUGCGUGUACCAGGAAGCAAAGACAUUUUCCUCUCACCUCUCAAACCACCGACGAAAUCCAGUGUCUCUGCUGAAGCGAUCAACGCCUCUCUUUACUAUCUCCAUGUUGCGACUCCCGACGAUGAUACCCUGCUCCAGGAAGUGGAGGAAGAGCGCGAAGAGCAGGCCCAAUUGCGCAAGGAGCGCCUCGAGAAAGCGGACGUCGACGACCCAGCGCAACGCGAGUUCGCGCGGCUGAACAACGUGCGCCGGAAACCAGUUGGUGGAGGGGGGACCUCAACCCUGAGCAUUUGCUGGCACCGCCUCAACAUGAUACCACUGCUCCUCCCGCCUUGCCUUCAUGAUGAUAUCGCUUCCCCGGCCUUGCCACCACGUCCAAUUCCAAUGCCGCAGGAUGCUACUGCUUCUCCGACCUUGCCACCACGGCCAACCCAUAUGCCGCAGGUUACUGCGGAGAAUGUAUCUUUCUCUGGGACUCCAGUCGCCAACAUACAGCCUCCAUUGAAUAAUAAUAUACCUAGAGGGGUAACGGUAGAAUCGGGUGGUAAUAGCGCUGCGCCGCGGCGACCUUUGCCUCCCUUGCCGCCCGAUGAAGACUCAUGGACCAAUUCUGCAGCAGGCGAAGACCCGUCCAAAAGGACAUCCCGGUGGAGCGCGUUUACCGAACAAUUGCAAACCCGGGGAGAGAACUGGAAGGAGAAGUAUGAGGCAAAGUACGAGGCACUGUCGGCUGGCCGUCAUAGCCUUGACUCUUCUGGACCGCAUUUUCGGCCUCGUUCUUCGCAUAACCGUACUGGAUCACCAUUAGGAAGCCCCGGGCAAUCUCCUAACCGGCAUAGAAACGCACAUGGCAACCCUCCUAGCAAUGCUGGCUUUCAUAUCACGCUCAUUCGACGUGAUCCCACGUCUGGUACACAAUGGAAUGUGGCAACUAUAUCAACCCCCCGAAUGGACCGCAACACCGUCGAUAUCGAGAUCUCCACGCCGGGAUAUAAUAGGUUCGCAGGUUCAAAUGAGAUGCCUUUAUUAUCCAGCCUUGCAGCGAAUAUCCCGACGGGAAUCGGACGCCUACCCAACUCUGCCAUUGCCCAGUCCUUAGUCACUGAGCAACCAAAGGAGCAACCAACCGGCCCACGCAAGUUCCACCGCCAACUCUGCGUAUCGAAGCCAUUUGACGAUUCUGUUGCCGCAGAUGGCAGCAACGGCCACACCCCAGAUGGCCCAUCCAAGCUAAAAAGCGGUUACUACUGUGAACGGCCGAAGCCUCAAAUGCAAACACAUGAUUCCGACGCCCGGCGGCUUCAUUCCCCCAACGGGGAAGCAGAAGCACCCCCCGCCGUAACUGUGGCCGAGCUCCGUUUCAACACUCCCUUCCAAGCAGCAAAUCUCCACUCGCACGCCCACCAUGCAACCCACAAACCCCACCCAAACCACCUGUCCCCGUUCACACAAAGCCAAAUCCAAACCCAGUCCGUCCCCCGCCUGAACGACAACCCCAACGACAACAACAGCUCCGAUGGAGGACCGCUCCAACCAUCCUCCUCCAACAACAGCUACACAUCCGCAAAGCGCAACUCCCUCUCCCAACUCUUGAACCCAAACACCUAUUCCCGGCCGCGGGCACACACAGGCCCAGGCUCAAACCCGCCACCUCUCCCCGCCUCAACCCCCACAGCCUCGCGCGUAAAUCUCAACCCCUCCCCUCUCCUCCGCAGAACCUCCAUGCGCGCGCAACGGUUCGCGCGCCAGAGCCAAUUCCACUCCUCUUCUCAUCACCGCAGUACGAGUAACAGUAGCGGUGGGGAUUUGGAUCAUGAUUCCGACGAGGAUCGCUUGGAUUUCUCGCUUGCUAGGGAGCCUGCUGGUGGUGGGUUAAGGGGGAAGAGUGCGAAACUGGGGAAAUUGGUUAUUGAAGAUGAAGGGAUUAAAAUGCUUGAUCUAGUUGUUGCGGCUUGUAUGGCUGUUUGGUGGAGAGGCCUCAAAUCGAAUCUGUAA